CCACCGCCCCAACAUUUACAAAUUACUAUACAAAUUCUACAAACCAUCUUCCACAUUUUUCCACAUCACAACAAAACAAGGUAUUAGUAGCACGCUUGUGAGAGAGAGUAUCAUUAUCAUUAUCAUUAUAUAGUACUAGUCUGUGUUCCUUGUAAUAAAAAUGUCAAUGAACCAGUUGUCUGCAGAGCUGCAACCCCAUUGGUGGCCACACUGCACAAUGCCUGAUUCAAUUUCACCACCUCCAAAACCCUCCAUCAACCAUGGCGACGACGAAUCGGAGCGGCUGUUCGAGAAGCCGCUGACGCCGAGCGACGUCGGGAAGCUGAACCGGCUGGUCAUACCGAAGCAGCACGCGGAGAAGCACUUCCCCCUCAGCAGCGGCGCCGAGAGCGGCUUGCUGCUUGGCUUCGAGGACGAAUUGGGGAAAUCGUGGCGGUUUCGCUACUCCUACUGGAACAGCAGCCAGAGCUACGUCCUCACCAAGGGCUGGAGCCGCUUCGUCAAGGACAAGCGCCUCCACGCCGGCGACGUCGUCGUCUUCGCCCGCCACCGCCUCGACACCGGCCGCUUCUUCAUCGGCUGGCGCCGGAGGACCUCCGAUUCUCAGCCGCCCGCCCCUGGGUUAAGGAUCAUUUAUCCUGCUCCAAUCCAGCAACACAUUAAUUCUCUCCAUUUCCAAUCUCAUCAAGGUGGUGGAUUUCACGAGAAGCAGCAGACAUCGAAUGGGAAUUCCAAGACGCUGAGGCUGUUCGGAGUGAACUUGGAGUGCCAAACUCAGGAGGAAUCAGUCUCAUCACAAGGGAUUGGGUCGAUUGGGUCCAGCCAGGGUCAACAAUCUCCCUAUUAUUAUUCAAAUCAUAAUCACAUGCAGGUAUAUCGGCAAGGAUAAGAUCUCCAUGAUGUGACGUCGCCUCAUCAAUAUUUGGAAAUUGGAAAAGAAAAAAAAAAGAUCAACAUCCCAGAUUUUCUGGGUAUGUUAGAAAAGUGGUCUGAAAACUCCGAGGUGCAAAUCGAAAACUCAAAAUUGAGAAAGAAAAGAUGGAAAGAGACUAGAGAGAUGAGAAAUUGGAAUUGGAAUUGGAAUUGGAGGGGGUCCACUCCCACACACACUCUUAAAGUAAAUAUAUAUAGAGAAAAGGGGCAUGCAUUUGCAUUUUGCAAUCAAGGAAGUGAAGAUUGGAGCAGAUCAUGUGGGAAUUUAGUGAUUCUGGCUGGGGAUUUUUCAUCAUAACUUAGAAGUGGAUGGAUAUGGCCAUGUAGGUUGCAAACAUGGGGAGGGAAUUGACAUUUUUUGCCCUCUGCCAUAACUUGAUACCUUUGUUUUUGGAAAUUUCUGUAUUUUUCUCAGCAUGCAUGUCUAUAAUUAUUUACAUUAGACUAAAACAGAAUGGUAGAACUACAAUCUUUUGCCAUUAA